UAUAUAUAUCUAUGCUCAUUUCUCUGAAGAAGCCUGGAGGAGGCCAAACUGAUGCUCGCCGUCCAGGAAGAGAUUACCACGACAACUGAGGCGGAGCCCACAGUCCCUGGCGUGGUGCGACUACACGUUAACAACUGGCUCGAGAUCCACAGGAUUGGUGGCACCUAUAUCCCCCCCGAGGCAUUAGAGCGCACCUAUAUCCCCCCCAUGCACUGCUGCUGCUGCUGGAAAGUGAGAAGGAACUGCUCGCCUGCGAUGGUGCGCCUCAUCACAACCUGCUCAGCGGUGAAAAACCUGCAGCAGCUCGCACAAGAUGCUGACCUGGCCUUAUUUCAGAUUUUUCAAAUUGCUGCUCACUUGGCUUAUUGGGGCAAAGCGAUCAUCAUCGACCCGCUGUGUGAGAACAAGGAGAGCAUGCCUGUCAGUGCUCUGUUAUAUAUGUCUAUAUUUGUUUGGUUUUGA